CUUCACGAACAUGGCCGACAUGACGUCACAAACAUGGCUGCCACGACGUCACAAACAUGGCCGACAUGACGUCACAAUAAUGGCCGUCGGAAUGACGCCAACUGAAGAUAAUCAAGGCUUGUCAAGUUUUCGGCGGGCCAAAAAGAUGUUUUUGAGUCAUAAUUUAGUCUACAAUACCAUGGUCAUAAAUAAUGUAAUAAUAAGAAAGAGUUGGAGGUUUUAAGAAUGCAAUGUAACAAAGGAAUUGAUUGCAGACGUCUGUUAUGAGACGGGCAAUGUCUAUAAGCCGAUCAAUAACGCUUGCACGUGUUACUUGGAAGAAAACAUCACGUUUGCUGUAAUCUCGAAUAUUCUACACUAAACCACUUUUCAGAUUAGUUCUGGUAGAACGUGUUUCGAACUUAAAAGGAUUAGAUGUUUUAUUAAUCGCAGUCUCGCCACGUGUUAUCACGCUUAUAUGAAGUCGAACUGUAAAGAUGUCUGAUGUUCUUGUMAAGAUAGGCGUCUGAAAGAAAUACACCUAUUAAAAAACGUUGUCGCGGAGAAUGGCGAACGGCUCAAAGAGAGAUGACCGAAAGGGACUAUGGUUACGCGCUGUUUGACUUACAAAAUUUCAAUUGCUGGGUUCAGCUUGCACGUAAAUGAAGACUUAAUAAUGGUGUUUACCACAGACUAUCUUACAGUAUAAAACAGUUAUUUCUCAUCAAUAAGCAAAACUCAUGGCUCACUUCCAUUUGUCAUUUCUGGGUUUCCUGUGCUAAAGUCGUCCGCUCGCAGGAAUUAAACCAUUCUAUGACGUYAUUAUUAAUCCAAACGUCACAAACAGUUGCUAAGCAACUCAUUGCCAUCCCAAAGUCUUUCAGGAAGGUGUUAUGUCAAUUUCUAUAGACGUUGAAGAAUUGGGUCAAAUUGGAGGCAUUUCUCAGCCAAAAUUAGCCGUUGCUCUUCUUGCCGGUGUUGGUGUUGUAAGCGCUUGGUAUGUGUACAGAAAGCAUUGUAAAAUCCCUAUCCAUGGUGGCCCGUCGAAGCUUUACCAAGAAAUCAAGAACAGCAACACUAUUCUCUCAGARCAUCUCACUCCAGAGUUGCUCUUAAAGUUAAAAAAGGUCGAAACAUCAAAAGGUUACACKCUAAAUGACUUGGUCCAGAACGGACUGAACAACAUMAAAAACCGACAAAACAGAGAGCCCGGUCUCAUAAUCGGAGACGAAGAGUGCUACGAAGUGUUCCGGGAACUUAUCGAUCCAUUAUUGAUGAAAUUCUAUGGUAUAAAUGACAUGCGAAGCUUAAAAAUGGAAUGUUUUAAUAAGGUUGAUUGGAGGAAAGUUAAAGGAGGACGACUAUUGGAUAAGAGAAUCUUGUCGUGCGUGCUCUGUUCCAGUCGUAACAUGUCAGGAUAUCCUUUUGUUAGUACGAUAAAUAACCAAGAUCGAGAGGAGAUUGCUGCAAUAUUCGUCCGCGUGUUGACACGCCUCUCUGUUCCUUACCGUGGAGACUACGCGCGACUUUGUAACCUCGCCAAAUGGCAGCAGGAGAGGUUACACCUGUUCGAACACUACAACAUUCCCUCAAAGGAAGACGAAGCUCCCCAGGGUCUAGACCUCAGUUGGCCGGACGGGAGGUUAAUUUGGUGGACGGAGGACAGGCGCUGUAAGGCAUUCGUCAACUUCGCCGACCACGUGAAAUUUGUAAUUAGUCGCUCAAAGGGAGAUCUUCAACAAAUACUAAAAGAUUACAUGGAACUUGUAUCAAGCUUUGAAACGUUUUUGAAAGUUUAUGAGGAUAAGAGCUUUGCGUGGAGCUUCAAGUAUGGUUAUUUGACGAGUAAUUUGACUGAUAUUGGAACUGGACUGCAUGUCGAAGUCAAAUUACAGUUUCAUGAGAUUCACAAGACUGAAUUUUUUGAGAGAAUCAAGAAUUCAAUACCAGUUGUGGUUGAGCAUAGUGGUAUGUUAAGCAUAUUUGCUUAUCUAUAA